AAAGGUGUGUAAAGAGGUAUGGGAGUGAUUAAGGUGUAUAAAUGCAGUGCACUUGACUCAUUCGUUUGAAUAAGCGUCCACGUGAAAGGCGGGUCAACAUGCUUCCUCUGUGGUCCUUGAGCACACUUCUCCUGAGCUCUGUUCUUGGAUUUCCCGUCUAUCAUAACGACACAAGAAACAUCACAAGUAAUGAUGAUGUUUCCCAUGAGCCACUUCACCUCAACAGCAACGCCUCUGUUUCUUCAAAGGUGUAUAAUCAAAGUCAAGCCAUGUAUCCACACACUCUACAUGAUCAUUCAUUCCCUUCUAAGAUAACGAUGAAUAAGAUAUCCUGUCCAUUAUCGACAUGCUCCCUCCAUCACUUGGCUUCGAUUCUGCGGCCUGGAGAUGAAAACGCGGGCAGCACUGUCUCGGACCCUCAUGGACCUGGCAAGAAAUGAGAGGCAAAAAGGAGGAUUGUGAAAACCACAAUCAUACAACAACAUUUCUCACUGUAGCACAGAUUUAAACUGAUAUACAAAUGAUACAGAUUAUAAUUUUUGUUAGUAGAGAAAAUGACUUCUCCUGUGUGUCACCUGGGUUCUCCGGUUUCCUCCCACUUCCCAGAAACAUGCAGAGGUUACAGUUUUUAGGUUUUCUUUUAAAUCUAAACUCUAAAUUCAAAUCUCAAAAAUUCAGAUUUUUUUUCCCCCAUGUUUUAAUUCAUGAACUAAAGUACAUUUCAUGUUCUUUUUGUUUUGAAAACAUAUUCGAAAUUACAGGUUACAGUUUUUAGCUUUUCACAAAAAAAACCAAAAAAAAACCCUGAACUCCAAAAUUAAAUCUCAAAAAUACUAAAUUUAUGCAUAUUAUGUCCAUUUUUAAAUUAAAAAAGGGUCUAUUUUUCCCUGGGAAUCACCAGAUGCUUUGCCUUUGGCCUAAUUUACAUAAUAUCUGUAUUCUUGAGAUUUGUGUUUAGGGUACUGAUUUUUGCAAAAGUCUUAGGCACAUGCAAAAACAAAACAAAAAAAAUGCUGUAAAAAUAGUAUAAAGUGCAGUGAACAGCAAUAAACUAAACAAAGACGA